CUUAGCACCAAGCAAAUAACAUUCUCAAAAGUUCAAACUAGUUCACCACUGAGAGAUAGAACCAAUUAAUGGAGAAAAUGAGAGUGGUAUUAAUUACUUUAUUCCUGUUUAUAGGUGCAGCAGUUGCAGAAGACGCUGGUAUUGAUGCCAUUACUCCUGAAGAAGGCAAAGCCAAUAAUAUUAUUGAGGCGUAUGAGUCACCUAGAUUCCAAAAGUUUGUGACACAUUGCAGCUCACAUGUUACUCAAACAUGCAGUGGAAAUGAUCCAUUAAAUAAUCAGGAGGCCAGUAGAAUGAAUAGUCCAUUUGGGUUGUCUUUUUGCCUUUUUGAUUCUAUGGAGAAGUGCUUGGCAGACCAUAAAGCCUCACUUAAAGAUCCCCAAGAUAACAACAACCUAGCUUCAAUGUCGUCUCUUCCUGGCUCAAUCCAAAAUCAGCCACUCCUCAUUGAGACUGUAAAAUUCAGAGCCGUCUUGAAAACCUGUUCCCAUGUCAGUGCACAAUAUUGUUUCACUAAUCCUAACGUUGCUACAUCGGCUUUAGCGGAUUGUCUCAUGCCAUCUCUCAAUCAAUGUGUUUAUCCUGGUUCUAUCUUAUUACCAUUUGUACCACCCCCGCCACCCCCACCACCACCCCCGCCGCCCCCUCCACCACCCCCGCCACCCCCACCACCACCCCCGCCGCCCCCGCCACCACCCCCGCCACUUAUUUAG